AGGGAGUCGCGAGACGUCGGAGCGACGGCCACGUAGCGCUGCGGCGGCGACGGCAGCAACCGAGGCCGGGUCUGAGGAGCGGCCCUGAGGACAGACGUUGGGCAGGGGGGAGGGGCCGGCCCAGCCGGCGGUUGUGACUCGAGCGCCGCGGCUGCAGGCCCCCGCCGCAGGGAUGGACCGCCGAGGCGGCGGCCGGGGCGGCGGAGGCGGAGGCGGCCGGCCCGGAUAAGAUGCUCCAACUCCCUUGCAGUUCUCUUCAGAAGAAAAAUCACUAGUGCUCUGCCCUUGCCGUAAUACCAGACCUGUUUGACUUAUGCUUUGGUGCUGCAACACUGGAAGAAUUGCACAGUUUCCAGGAAUAUCUUUUUUUCAUUUGAGUGAUUCUUUGUGGAUGAAAACAGAUUUGAGUCUUAAUAAUUACCUUGUUUAAAAGCUGUUUUCUUUAUAGUCUGAACUGCUUAAUAAAUUGGGCCGUUUACCAAUGAGCCACACAGCCAGUUCUUGUCAGGAGCUGGUUGAAAGCUGUGCUGUGCAUGUAGCAGGAAUGGCACAAGAAGAUAGCCGUCGUGGUCAAGUGCCAUCUUCCUUUUAUCAUGGUGCCAACCAAGAACUUGACCUGUCCACCAAAGUGUACAAAAGGGAAUCAGGAAGUCCUUAUUCUGUGUUAGUGGACACCAAGAUGAGCAAACCACAUCUCCAUGAAACAGAAGAACAGCCAUAUUUCAGGGAGACAAGAGCAGUGUCUGAUGUGCAUGCUGUUAAGGAAGACCAGGAGAAUUCUGAUGACACAGAAGAGGAGGAGGAAGAGGAAGAAGUCUCUUACAAAAGGGAGCAGAUCAUAGUGGAGGUAAACCUUAAUAAUCAAACAUUAAAUGUGUCUAAAGGGGAAAAGGGUGUCUCUUCUCAGUCCAAAGAGACUCCUGUUCUUAAGACAAGCAGUGAGGAGGAAGAGAGUGAGGAAGAGGCCACAGAUGACAGCAAUGACUAUGGAGAGAAUGAAAAGCAGAAGAAAAAGGAGAAGAUAGUAGAGAAAGUCAGCGUUACACAAAGGAGAACGAGGAGAGCUGCCUCUGUUGCCGCAGCUACCACUUCCCCUACUCCUAGAACUACAAGAGGUCGUAGGAAGAGUGUAGAGCAACCUAAGCGUAAGAAGCGGGCCACAAAGGAGCCCAAAGCACCAGUCCAGAAAGCUAAGUGUGAAGAGAAAGAGACUCUGACCUGUGAGAAGUGCCCCAGGGUAUUUAACACUCGCUGGUACCUGGAGAAGCACAUGAACGUUACUCAUAGGCGCAUGCAGAUUUGUGAUAAAUGUGGCAAGAAGUUUGUCCUGGAAAGUGAGCUGUCCCUUCACCAGCAAACAGACUGUGAAAAAAACAUUCAGUGUGUUUCCUGUAACAAAUCGUUCAAGAAACUCUGGUCCCUUCAUGAACAUAUCAAGAUCGUCCAUGGAUAUGCAGAAAAGAAAUUUUCCUGUGAAAUUUGUGAGAAGAAAUUCUAUACCAUGGCUCAUGUGCGGAAACACAUGGUUGCACACACGAAAGACAUGCCAUUUACAUGUGAAACCUGUGGAAAAUCAUUCAAACGCAGUAUGUCACUCAAGGUGCACUCCUUGCAGCAUUCUGGAGAGAAGCCCUUCAGAUGCGAGAACUGUGACGAAAGGUUUCAGUACAAGUACCAGCUACGCUCCCACAUGAGCAUUCACAUUGGGCACAAACAGUUCAUGUGCCAGUGGUGUGGCAAGGAUUUCAACAUGAAGCAGUACUUCGACGAACACAUGAAAACACACACUGGAGAGAAACCCUUUAUCUGUGAAAUCUGUGGCAAAAGCUUCACCAGCCGCCCCAACAUGAAGAGACACCGCAGAACACACACAGGCGAGAAGCCCUAUCCAUGUGAUGUGUGUGGCCAGAGGUUCCGCUUUUCGAACAUGCUUAAGGCCCACAAGGAGAAGUGCUUUCGGGUGACCAGCCCCGUGAAUGUGCCGCCUGCUGUCCAGAUCCCACUUACAACUUCCCCAGCCACCCCAGUUCCUUCUGUGGUGAACACACCCACAACCCCCACCCCUCCAAUCAAUAUGAAUCCUGUAAGCACUCUUCCCCCUCGGCCCAUCCCCCACCCCUUCUCACACCUGCACAUCCACCCACACCCUCACCACCCACACCACCUUCCCAUCCCUCCGGUCCCUCACCUCCCCCCACCUCCAGCUCUCUUUAAGAGUGAGCCUUUAAAUCAUAGAGGCCAGAAUGAGGACAACUUUCUGCGGCACCUGGCAGAGAAGAACAGUUCAGCACAGCAUCAUUAACAUCCGUCUCCUUAGUGUGUUCUCCAGGAGACACGUCCCCAUGUGUGAGUGUGCACAGAGGGAGUUGGUGAGCAUUUCCUUGGUUCUCAGACUCUCUGCCUCUAUCAAGAGCUUCGCCAGUGUCAUUGAGUCAACAGAUCCAAGGGAAUGAACAAGAAGACUACCUUGAGCUCACUGAGGGACUGUCAUCUAAACCAGGGGAACCACUGAACGAAAGCCCAAUUUGCUUGCAUUUUCUGAUGACUUUUAUAAGUUUCAAAUACUCAGACUUGUGGAAUUUUAUAAUUUCAUAUCAGCUGAUGAGGUAUGCUUGCUUUUAUAUCCCAGACUUCUCCUCAAAGAGGGGAUAGGCCUGGUUUCCUUUGUACUAAUCGGGAAGGCUGUGAGAUUAAUCCAGAGCAUUAAUUGUAUCACUGUGUAUGGUAAGGAAUUCUUUUCAGCUUUUGGUGCCAGCUACAGAGUUGAGCUGGCCGUGUUUCACAGUAUAUCAAGCAUUAUAGAGAAAGACAGACAUGUUCUUCUUUGUGUAGCUCUCCUAACGCACUCUUUAUUUUACUACAGAAAUUAUUUUAGAGUUUUUGUAUAGACUUCUUUAGUAGUCUGUUUCUAAAAUGAAAUGUAUUUCAAUAAGCGGUGUAAUUUUUUCAGUGUAGCUGAACCUACGUUGUAAAAUAGAAAAAAAAUUUUAUAACCAUCAAAAUGUGAUUCUUAAAGAUGCAUAUAACUUCUAUAAUUCAAAGUUAUUCUUACAUCCGUACAACUCAAAAGGUGCUUCAGAAACUAGAUGUCUGAGAGGGUCUCCAGACCAGGUUACUGCAAAAACAAGGUUUUGCUUUCAGGAUUUGGCAUAAAUACUUGGUAGUUUUGAAAUCUCUGCUUAACAUUCAAAGAGGCUCCCUGAUGUGCUCCUGUCCUCCAUGUUCUCCUUGGCUCCGUUAGUGCAUUACAUGAAAUGAUUUGCAGGGGCUGGGGCCUUUUCCAGGGAAGUCACCUAAAACUUGCAUGUUUUGAAAAUUUGAAUAAGGCUGUUUGCUGACAGGAGGAGGAAGUGGAGAUCAUUUCAUCUCAGUCACAUCUGUUUCUCACUUCCCUUAGGAACUGUGUUCGUGUAUAGCUUUUAUGGGAUGACAAAUUGAAAUCUCUCAUUUUGAGGUUGCUUUAUUUUUCUAGAAUUGUUAUUAGAAGCCAAAAUGGUAAACUUGAAAUCACAAACAUGAUGUUGCCGUAGGGGCUGAGAAAUUCAGAUGAGAAGAUGACUUGGUUAUGAGUAAAAUGUGGAUGUGUUCACAAAUUUGAGCUAUUUUAACACAAUUUAAAUAGCAGUGAGGGAAAACUCCUAAGUUUUACUGCCCUGUCCUCUGCAAAUUAUGUAAUACCAGCAUUCUUAGGUGAUAAAGAGAGCAGCACUUCUAAUACCUUUAGGCAGAUUACUUUUUCAAGCUUGGAGAACUUCAAAAGAAUAUAAUCAACCAGGAGCUUAUUAUAGGAAAGGCUGAACAGAAGGGCUAGUGUAUUGAUUACUCUUAACUGAUCAAAUCUAUCUCAGUAUAGCUUAAAAUUUUGUAUUUCUUAUCUCAGAGAACUGAGCUCCCGGGCUAAAUCACUUAUCCCCCACCCCCUCUCCAAUUUUGUUUUUUUAAGAGACAAGGUCUUGCUGUGUUGCCCAGGCUAGAGUGCAGUGCUGAUCACAAGUACAAUUAUAGCACAUUACAGCCUCAGACUACUGGGCUCAAGCAAUCCUGCCUCAGCUAACCAAGUAAGUGGGACUACAGGCGCACGCUUCUAUGCCCAGUCCAUUUUUUAAUCUUGAAAUUUCUUUAUUUUUCUUUCCUUGGGUUCUUAAAGUCAUUGCCUGAAUCAGAAUGCUGACUUUUAUUUAUUUAUUAUUUUCAAUAUUAAAUGUGCAGAUACGCUUUGAGCACUUUUCUAGCUAAUUAGCUCUGUGGUAGGAAAAAAAUGGAACUCUUUCAAUUGAGGUUAAGUCCCUAUUUUUCAAACAUCACGUUCUCUAUUAGCUUUUUGGUUUAAUGUUUCUAAAUUUUCUCCUUCUGAUUUUGCCUGUCUUAUAUAAUGAGCAUAGGAAAAUUUUGAAAUGAGGCAGAAAAGUAUCUGAAGACAUACUUUUCUCCCUGUUUUUGGAUGUAAGUUUUAAAGAAUGGUAUUUUUAAUAUUUGUACACAUUCUUUGAGCACCCAGGUACCCAAGCCAAAAAGGAAAGUUAAUUCCUUGCCUAUGACUGUUAUAUCUUUAGUGGUUGUUUCCCCUCCUUCCAUAGUCUCCUUGGCAUUCCGUGACAAGUUUGUCAACCUACACUUUUAUAUAAACAUAUCAUUAUUUCAUGGUCAAGCCUGUAGUAUUAAAAUAAUUUUUUUUUAAAGAA